CCUCCCAAGUCGGCUGGAGCUUGUGGUCCUGUGGUCCCGAUGGGGGACGCGGGGCAGUGGCUGCUCCUGGCCGGGCUGCUGUGGCUGUCGGAGCUCACGGACGGCGGGUGCUCGGAGUCCGGCAAAUGCUGCAAAGGCAGAGACCACGGAUGCGGUGGCCCGGGCUGGAGAGCGGACCGGGUCUACGGGACCUGCUACUGCGACGAAGCUUGCCAGAGCACCGGAGACUGCUGCUACGAUUACACCCGGACCUGCCCAGCUCGUCCCUGUGUGGUGAGUGAGUGGAGUCACUGGAGUGGCUGUGCUGAGCAAUGCCAGCCAAAUGUGCGUGUCCGGAGGCGUUACAUUGAGCAGGAGCCUCAGAACCACGGAGAUCCUUGUCCAGCUCUGGAGGAACGAGCAGGCUGUCUGGAGUACAUGAAUUAUCAGGGCAUCCACUGUGGACUCUCUCAUGUUCCAGCUUUCAUAAGUACAGCGGAAUACAACAAGGAGAGAAGAAAGCGUGCUUUAGUUGAAGAGUCAGAGAUUUCAGAGUACUGCACGGAGUUUAAGCUGGAGUCGCUGUCUUUCCAUUGCACUGUAGAAAACCGCCCUUUUGCUAGGUGGAUGCAAUACCUACGAGAAGGUUACACUGUGUGUGUCGCUUGCCAACCACCGGCUAUGAAUACAGGGAGCCACCGUUGUAUUGGCGAUGGUGCAGAAGAUUAUGGGACGGAUACUUUCCAGUGGCAAGCAGUGGGCAAUAACCGAUGUAGAGGAACAUGGAAAAAAGUCCGUCAAGUGCCACAGUGUUCCUGUCCUGUUGUCCACAGCUUUGUGUUUACUUGAGAAAUGAGUCUUCGCUUCUGAAACUUUCUACAAUAAGUUAUAAACAAUGUUGUUGUGUAACCCUAAGUUGAAAUUUAUAUCAAACAAACACCACUCGUUUUAUUUCCAAGUCUUAAAGGGAUCACCCCUUGAACACUUUACUGUAAGACAACACUGAGUCAUUCUGAAUGUGAAUGAAAACGUUUGAAAAGACCAAUUCAGAUACAUAAUAAAACAGCAUGGGACUGAAGACAGAAUUCAUGAUUUCCUGUGGGUUUUAUUAAGCAUGCUGGGGUGCUAAGUUAGUUUGUUAUUUUAAAAUACUUAUUGCUUCUUUGCAUAGCUAUUAUUUUAAGUGCGUAAAUUUCAAAUGUUUUCUCCAUGUCUAAGUUGCUGUCCUCUUUUCCUUGGUUUAGAUGUUUUCAAAAUUUUAAAAGGGUCCUGGAUGCCACAAUGCAUUUAAAUAUUGCCCUCUUGGCAUCCAGGUUCAAGACCAGCUCACACAGCUGGAGUGAACAUGUGCUGUUCCUUAUGAUUCCUUAAGGUUUCAAAGUGAACAAGUUCAAAUAGCCGCAAUCUAACUCUAACUCACAGUAAACACAUGAAGAUCAUACAUUCGUCACCCAAGCAGCACUGACUGGACAGUCUUGCUUAGUCAGUCCAUAAAACUUCCAACAGUUAACUGCACUGGUAGCUCUAUUUACUGAUGCUGAUUACUCUGCUGAAUUUACUAUCUUUACCAGUGUGCGCUUACAGUGGGAUUUCCCUAUCUGUGAUGGUGAUGUUGGUGGUACAUUGGGCCGGCCAUCUCUCACUUAGCACAUUCUCCAGAUGAUGUAGAGGAAGCUCUGCAUCUAUGAGGAAAUGUACUUUGGUUGAUCUUGGAAUCUAGGAUUCCAUCAACUGGGCUUAAGGAGGAAAGAACUUAGGCAAGGACACCAAGACAAACUGGGUUUAACAUUUUUUCUGAUAGACAGCAACUCUGACAAUGUAUCAGCCAAGACUGUAUACUCAAGCUCCAAUGUAGAGCUCAAAUCCAUAAUUUUCUGAUCCAAAGGCAAGAACGCUACCAAUUGGGGCAAAAUGACACCUUUAGAAAUGUUCCGGUCCCUAACCCAGUCAUCAAACACAUUGAGCAGCAAUGAAAAACAGACACUAACAAUUUGCAUUUAUAUUGUGUCUCUCACAUUGAGAGGGCAUUUCAAAGCACUUCACACAGCUGACUGGGACCUUGAGCUGGACAUUUGUAAUGUUCCCAUUAUACAGUAACAAUUGUGCAGUAUAUUAAUGAGAAAAUGUCAUUUGAAAUAAUAUUUUGUACAUAAGCUUUUGAUAAAUUUACUUUUUUUCUUUGAAAAAUGCAAUAUCUCAUAAUUGAGGGAAAGGUGAAGAACAGAGAAUCCAUAGGUUAAACAAAACUGUUGGGAGCAUUUAUUUGAUGGUUCCCCUGUAUAAAUGUUUGUAUAUUAAUUUGUGCUACAUUGAGCAGUAAUAAUAAAGGCGAUUACAAUAU